UGUGUCUGCUCAGUUUCUUAUCUUCAGACCUUCCCCCUCUUUCUUUCUCUCUUCUCUCAAGUGGAUAAAAUGCUGCAGCAUUUCUUUGAAUGAUAAGAAGGCUAGAGCGUGCUGAAGAAGAAUAGAGAGAGAGAAAAGAUUUAAAAGAGAAAGCUAGGUAUGGACGAAGACAGCUUAACUGGUCUUCUGUUAAGUGAACUCUAUCCACAGCAAGACAGCCCACCUGUAUAUGAUGAUGGUUGUAGCGUUGAUACUGAAGUUCCCUUUCAGUUGAUUCCUGGAGAGGCGUCACGUUUCAUCAGCCUACACGACAAUGGAUCUCAUUUCAUAGUACUCACUAACUUCCGGCUCUUUCUGACUUCGGAGAAAGGUUUUGUUAGUUUGCCAUUGGGUCUUAUAGAGAGCAUAGAGGCUGUGACUGACGACAUUUCGGUGUUUUGUAAAGAUGGGAGGAGCUUAAGGUUGCAGCUGGAUAGUUUUGAACAGUGUAGAUUAUGGUGCCAUAGAGUUCAAGAUAGCCUCAAACCCUCAGCUAAUUUCAGGGAUGCUUUUGCCUUCAUACACUAUGCUUAUUUAUCUGAUGGCUCCACUGUUAAGAAAAGACAGCUUAAAAGGAGGGGUAAUCCUUCCUUAUCGACCGAGCUGUUAACUUCGGAAUAUUCCAGACUUGGUUUUAAUAAGCCAGGCACAUGGAGAAUAACUGAUGCUAAUGCUAAAUACGAACUCUGUUCUUCCUAUCCAAAAGUGUUUGUUGUUCCCCAGUCUGUCACUGACUCUGAUUUGUUACAAGUCUCCAAGUUUCGGUCGCUGAGCAGACUACCAGCUGUCGUCUGGAGGCAUAAGGGCAAUGGCUGUGUUUUAGCACGUGCUAGUCAACCUCUAGUCGGUUUCCUUGGCUGGAGGUGCCAAGAAGACGAGCAGUUUUUAAAAGCACUCUCUAAGUCCUGUCACCCUCACGCCCCUCCUAUGGAGGUUAUGUCACACGGAGAGAAAAUUACUAAUGGAGUUGGCCAGACCCCUUCGCUACUUGUCGUUGAUUUAAGAUCUUAUACCGCGGCUUUUGGUAACAGGGCGAAAGGCGGAGGGUGUGAGCAUCAAGAUUAUUACUCGAACUGUGAGAUUGUUUAUAAAGGACUGCCUAAUAUUCACUCUGUGAGGACUAGCUUUGGAUCACUGAGAAACUUGUUAUCUGGAAAUGAACAAAUUAGAUUUUUCUCUCAAUUGGAGGGAACCCAUUGGCUCCAGAACAUCUCCCAGCUGCUACAAACAGCAGUCGAAGUAUCCAAUACACUCCACCAUCACUCCAGACCGGUUCUCAUUCAUUGCAGCGAUGGUUGGGACAGAACAACACAGAUCACUUCCCUGGCCCAGCUCCUCUUGGAUCCGUACUAUCGCUCGCUGGAAGGCUUUCGUGUCCUUGUUGAAAGGGAGUGGCUUAGUUUUGGACACAAGUUCUCCGAUCGAUGUGGUUUUGGGCCCGAUGGGGAGCAAAGCCCUGUAUUCCUCCAGUGGCUUGAUUGUCUUUAUCAAAUCAGUAAUCAGUUUCCAACUUCGUUUGAGUUUAAUAGCAUCUUCCUGGUUAAAUUGGCCCAGCAUUGUUAUUCUCAGCUCUACGGGACAUUCCUUGGCAACUGUGAGCAAGAAAGAGAGAGAGAGUUGGUCAGACUCCAGACAUUGUCACUCUGGGACUGUUUGGAGAAAGAAAGGGAAAUAACUAAUGCUAUUUAUAAAGAAAAUGGCGACGAAGUUGUUCUGUGUCCUAAUUAUCAAGUUCGCUCCCUCAAGUUAUGGCGAGAGCUUUUCCUCCAUUUACCUCUAACCCGUUACACAACUACCCUCCCUCCCCCGCCCUCUUCCAGGCCCCUCCUACCUUCCACGCCCACUAGGGAGAAACCAAAUGGUCACUUACAUGUACCAGUAAAGAGUAACGGGAUUAUUCCCUCUCUGUCUCUCCAUGUCGAAGAGGACAAGGAGAGCGAGGGAGAUGAGAGUGUUUAUAAGAGUUUCACUGUGUCUGUUUCUAAUGGGGACACGUCAUUAGAAGAGGAGGAGGAGAGAGAGAGAGGGACAGUAGAAGGAAAGACCAAAGAAGAAGAAGAAGAAGAAGAAGGAGAGCUAAAUAAAGAGGAGGCUAGAAAUAUUAAUGGAGAAACAACAGAAGAAGCUAAAGAUACAAAGUCUACACCUCCUGCCUCUGCUGUCACUGAUAGUCAAGUGUUCUGGCAGUCACAGAACUUCUCUCUCUCUGUCAAUCACCCUGCUGCUGACAUGGAGGAGAGCUUUCGUGUUGUUCCGGAAACAUCCGAGCCCUCUCUCACGACCUUUGCAGUACAGGAAGUCAAUAAGAACUCGUCCCUACCUCUUGCAACGACUGUCGAUAAGUCCUGGCUCUCAUACUCCACCUCUCUCAAUUACAGUGUGUUCUCGGAGUGCGAGUCCAGGCUCCGCCUAUUGGGAAGAGACGGGCUUGUUAAACAGGUUGAUCCGGUUCAAGAACGAGUUGCGGAGUUAGAAGGAUUGCUUCGUCAGCGGGUCCAUCUCCUUGAGGAGGAACUGAAGCGUGUGAAAUCGGCUCUUACUAGCGGGGAGGGUUUUGUGAGCGUGGUCAACGAAGAGGAGUGCUUGGCUGUAAAUGAUGAGAAGAAUGAAGAACCUACAAGUCCAGUUAACGGCGAUUGGACAUGUGUUGAUAUUGCUGAUAGUAAUGGAGUCACUUGGAUUCCUGAUCACGCUGUUAGUCACUGCCCGUGUGGGGCUGAAUUUUGGAUGGGGAAAAGAAAACAUCAUUGCAGGAGUUGUGGUGGCAUAUUUUGUUGGCAGUGUUCCAAUUACUUCACUCCUGUCCCACACGAGCAGUUAUUCAAGGACCAACGAGUUUGUAAAAUCUGUUUCGAUAAAUUAGACGGCCAUUUAAAAUCAUGCCAGUCCCCAGUAGCAGCAGCUUCCUUAAAUGGAAGUAAAACAGAGAGCAAGAUUAAAUGAUGUCUCUCUGUUUAAAAUAACAAUAAUAGCAUAAUUUUUGUAUUGUUAAGCUGUUAUCUAUAAAUAGACGACGUGUUCUAUUUUUAGUAACACUGUUCUAUUUAUAGUAUCAUGUUAUAGCCACGUUUUGGUGGUCAGGUUUGUAUGAUAAGACUGUCUUUAGGUCGAUCCUCUCUAUCUUUCACUCUAGCUAUUUUCACAGUAUUUUAUUUUAAAUUGAUAUUAUCAUUGUUAGAUUUUUUAAUUCUCUCUUUUAUUGUUUUUUUGUCAUAUUAUC